AUGUACAAUCUGAGCAUCACUCUUGUGCUCUGCAUCGCAGCCACGGCGUAUGGGUUCCCUGGAACUCAGAUCGUUGGUGGAGCGGAUGCUCCUGCUGGAAAAUAUCCCUACCAAGUUUCUCUUAGGCAAAAUGGAAACCAUUUCUGCGGUGGAUCCAUUAUGAAUGCUCGCUACAUCCUCACUGCGGCGCAUUGCGUCUCGGGAGAGUCGCCCAGCAGCAUAACGGUCCACGCGGGAACCAACCUUUUAAACAGCCCUGGAACUGUUUAUGGAGUGGAGAAGAUCACAAUCCAUCCUGAUUACAGCUCGCUCGUUAACGACGUGGCUGUAAUUCGCGUAAAUAAAGCCAUUUCUUUCAACGCAAACGUCGCACCGAUUACAUUGGCUUCGAAGAAUGUUCCUGAAGGAUCAGCCUGCACUCUGACAGGAUGGGGAACGCUCAAGGUCGGAGGAAGACCGCCCAACAACUUGCAAUACAUAAGCUUGCGCGUUGAAACUCAGGAAAAAUGCAAACAGACCCACAGGAAUCUGCGCGAUUCUCAAAUCUGCACAUUCACUAAGUAUGGAGAGGGAGCGUGCCAUGGUGACUCUGGUGGUCCUCUAGUCUCCAAUGGUGUGCAAAUCGGUAUCGUAUCCUUUGGACGACCAUGCGGUAUUGGAUAUCCUGAUGUCUACACGAGAGUGACAUCAUUCUUGCCCUGGAUCAAGGCACAGCAAACUUUACUUCUUGACGAAGAAGAGCAGCAGCAUGAAAUCUUCGACGUCAAAUCGUACGCUUUCGGGAUCGUAUAUAUAUUAGACCGUGGAGUUGGUAACUUCACCAUUGGGAUUUUUUCCAUCAUGUACACGCUUAGUGUUGCCAUCGUGCUCUGCCUUGCGGUUUCCGCUUACGGAUUCCCAGGGAGUCAGAUCGUGGGUGGCAACGACGCACCUGAUGGAAAAUUCCCCUAUCAAGUCUCUCUUCAAUACAACGGAAACCACUUCUGUGGUGGAUCCAUCAUCAGCAGCCGCUACAUCCUCACUGCUGCCCAUUGCGUGAAAGGAGUGCCAAACAUCCGACACGCUACCGUCCACGUUGGAAUAAACCUUUUGAGCCAAUCCGGAGCUGUUUACAACGUCGAAAGUGGCGUAGCCCAUCCCAACUACAACGAGGAAACGAUUUCUAACGAUGUUGCUGUGAUCCGCGUCAACAAGAAUAUUGCCUUCAACGCUAAAGUUAAAUCUAUCGGACUGGCCUCCCGCAACGUCGCUGAUGGAUCAUCCUGCGUUCUAUCUGGAUGGGGAACACUGAAGGCCGGUGGAUCUGUCCCCAACAAAUUGCAGUACGCUAACUUGCGCGUCGAGCCUCUGUCUAAAUGCCAAAAAGCAUGGAGAGGUGUUGCCAGUGUUCAAAACACUCAAGUCUGCACGCUCACAAGAGUCGGACAGGGUGCAUGCAACGGUGACUCUGGUGGCCCUCUCGUUGCCAACGGCAAACAAAUCGGUAUCGUAUCCUUCGGACGUCCAUGCGGUCUUGGAAGCCCUGAUGUGUACACCAAAGUAUCCUCCUACUUGAACUGGAUCAGAGGACAACAAUCUCUCAUUCAGGACGACGAGGAAUCUGACGUGGACAUGGUCGAAGAACCAUCGCAACCCGACAGUGUGAUGAUCGCAGAAGAACAACAACCUGAAUUUGCUCUGUACUAACUUGUUUAAACUCUACCUCUCCAAUAAUUCAUUAAUAAAUACACAUAUUUCU